UCGUGAACGAUCCCCGCCAAACAUCAUAAUCGUCAUUCUCUACACUGUUGAUGUGAACUCAAAUUUGUUUAUUUCUUAUCUUGAACACUUUUGUCAUAAUGCACACAUAGUAUACAUACACCAUCCUACGUACAGCAUUUUCUGGUGAAGAAAGAAAGAAUAAAAUUUCGUUUGUAUUAACGCUAAAUAUUGUAGUGAUAAAAAUAGAAUUUGUGCACCACCAACAACAACAAAAGAACAGCCGAUCUUCAUCUUUUUUUUGUGUGAAAAUAUUUGCCAAGUCAUUCGUCCGCUUUCCCGUCGAACUUCCUUCACAAAAAAAAAAACUUCAACCAUGAAAGUCACAAUAAGCACACUAACCGACUACAUUUUCACAUUGGAUGUGUCGGAAGACCUGGAAUUGGAAAACUUUAAAGUCUUCUGCGAAGUGGAAUCAGGCUUCCCGUCAGCCGAAAUAGUCAUAUCGUUCAACGGUGUGUUGAUGAGCGACGAGAAAAAGUCGCUGAAAGACUAUGGCAUUGUUGACGGAGACGUUGUUGUGCUACAACACAUGGGUGCUCGUUCACGAACGAAUCAGGGAGCGCCAAAUUUGAGUGGAAUCGAUUUCAGUUCCAUUAGAGUACCUGCUGCAGCGGGCAGUGGCAGUAGCAGUGGCAGUGCCAUCCGUCCGCCCAUAUCCGUUCAACCUGAAGACGAUCCGGCAACGGUACGCGACAUGUUUCAUCAAAAUCCUGAUCAACUGGCUCUGCUCAAACAGAAUAAUCCUCGGCUUGCCGAUGCACUGUUGUCGGGAAAUUUAGAUACGUUUGCGAAGGUACUCCGCGAACAAAUAGCUGUACGAACGGAGAGACAACAGCAACGGGUGCGCAUGAUGCAGGCUGAUCCGUUCGAUCAUGAAGCUCAAAAAUUAAUUGCCGAAGAAAUUCGGCAGAAAAAUAUUGAGGCUAAUAUGGAAGCCGCUAUGGAAUACAAUCCAGAAACAUUCGGAACGGUUGUGAUGCUGUACAUUAAUUGUCGCGUUAAUGGUACACCGGUGAAGGCAUUCGUUGAUUCGGGUGCACAGACAACCAUUAUGAGUGCUCGAUGUGCGGAACGAUGCAACGUUAUGAGACUGGUAGAUACGAGAUGGGCUGGCAUUGCCAAAGGUGUGGGUGUGCAACGUAUCAUUGGUCGCAUUCAUAUGGUGCAGAUUCAAAUUGAAAAUAAUUUUUUGACCACAAGUUUUUCGGUGUUGGAAGAGCAACCGAUGGACAUGCUGUUGGGACUGGAUAUGUUGAAACGACAUCAGUGCAACAUUGACCUUCAAACGAAUGUUUUACAUAUUGGCACCACCAACACAACAACACCGUUUCUACCUGAAAACGAACUGCCUGAAUGCUCUCGCCUAACCGGUAGUCCCGAAGAAGAAGCGAAGCAAAUAAAUGAUACGGCGAAGCAGUUGGAAGAACGCGAAAUAAAGGAAGCCAUCGAAAAGAGCAAAAGAGAACAAGGAUCUGGCAGCUCAUCGACAGCUACCACACCAGGUACAUCAUCGACAAAUUCUGCAACUAUUCGGCCGAGUGAUAAUUUCACUGAAGAAUUAGUUAAGGAAAUCGUAACGAUGGGCUUUCAGCGAGACAAAGUUUUAACUGAAUUGAGAACAGCUAAUGGCAAUAAAACACAAGCCAUUGCAGCGUUGUUCGCGAAAUCGUUUAAAUUUUAGGCGAUUCGUCAUUUUGUGAUGGACGAACAAAA